AUGAAAAAACAAAUCUUUUGUCAGUUUCUAGUCGUAUGCAUGCUGUUGUGGUCAUCUCAAAUUCAGGGAAAUAGAUGUGAUGAUUCAGGCAUCCAAGCUCUAAUGGCUUGUGGAUAUUCUAUCGCCAAGGAGCUGUCAUCUCCUCCGAAACCAUUAGAUGGUUGUUGCACCGCUGUCCGAAUCAUUGGGAUGAAAUGCGUCUGCGAAAUCAUCAAUAAGGAAAUCGAAUCCGCCAUUGAUAUGCAAAAGCUCGUCAAUGUUGCUUCUGCUUGUGGCCGUCCACUUGCUCCUCAUUCACAAUGCGGAAGUUACCUAGUUCCCGGUGUUGCAUGAUGAAUGAAACUUGCAUAAGCUAAUGUGGAUUUCUUUAAAUACUUAUGCUAAAUAAAUCUAAACUAUU